UCCCGGUAGGGUCACGGGUUCGAGUCCCGGUGCGGGGGGCGGCGGCGGCGCGGCUCACCUGUCCGGGCCGGGCGGCGGCAGACUUUGCCUCCAGCCUCUAUAAAAGGUAACGGCGUCGUUGAGUCAGGGCUGCCUCCUCCCCCCUCCUGUUCCCAUGUAUGUGCGGCAGUCCCGACCAGCAGGCAGCCGCGGGCCGUCCCGCACGCCGCACUUGCUAGAGAUGAACCGCACCGCGCUGCGGAUCUGCGUCCUGCUGCUGGCCGGGCUGGGCCGAGCCGCCGCCGGGCAGGAGCACGACCACAACGACGAGAACGCUCCGCACUCCCAGGAGAGAGGUCCUAGUGACAGCCACUGGAGCUAUGAAGAUCCAGGGCAGUGGGCCAAGCACUUCCCAGCAUGCGCAGGCAACAUGCAGUCUCCCAUCAACAUCAACACAGAGACGACCAUCUUCAGCCCCCAGCUGCGACCCAUCCAGCUCUCCGGCUACAGCCUGCCUGCCAGCCAGAUGCUCGCACUGAAGAACAAUGGGCACACAGUGGUCCUGAAGCUGCCUGAGUCGUUGGCCAUCGCGGGCGGCUACGCGCAGCAGUACCGUGCCGUGCAGCUGCACCUGCACUGGGGCUCGCCUUCGGAACCUGGCUCCGAGCACACCGUUGACCACAAGCGCUUUGCCGGGGAGCUCCACGUGGUCCAUUACAACACCAAAUAUGAGAACUUCAAGGCAGCCGUGACCCAACCAGACGGGCUGGCAGUGCUGGGGGUCUUCCUGGAGGUUGGGCCAAGGGAGAACCCAUACUACCAGCAGAUACUCGAGCAUCUGCAUAGCAUCCAAGGAGAAGAUGAUGAAGUCUUUGUGCCUGGGUUCAACAUCGCUGGCUUGCUGCCUGACAACCUGCACCUCUACUUCCACUACAACGGCUCCCUGACCACCCCACCCUGCCAUGAGUCUGUCAAGUGGACUGUCUUCAACCAGACCGUGAUGCUCUCCAAGGAACAGGUCUGUUGGCCACGUGCAUGCUGGAUCUUGGCUCCUCAGGGCAUCCCGCAUCCCAUCCCGCUCACACUGCUUUCCUCCCAGAUGUCCAAACUGGUGAGCAGCCUGCAGACAGACGACAAUCGCCUCCUCAUGAACAACUUUCGGCAGGACCAGAGCCUGCACAGGAGAUGGGUGCUGGCAAGCUUUGAGCCCAGCUCCUCCCGGGAGAGGCAGGUGCCUGCAGGUGGUGGCACCUCAGCGACAGCAGCAGGACACACCAGCUCAUUUCAUGCAGGUAAGCAUGCUGGCUGCUGGCUCUGUGUCAGCUGCCACCAGCCUGGCACCAUUUCCCCCCCAGUCAACCUUGUAUCAUUCUUGGGCUCACAGGGGAUGUGCUGGCUGUGCUUUUUGGGGUGCUCUUUGCCAUCACGAUGCUGGCUUUCCUGCUCUACGUCUACAAGAACCGCAGCCAGAAUGCACGGCUGGACUCACCCUCUAAAUCCAAGGUCAUCUACACAGCGGCCACAGCCGAGAACACCGCCUGAGCCACUCCCACUGAGCUGGGGGAGGACCUCCUGCAGCUGCAUGGACUGUUCACCUGGGACAGCACCUAGUCUAAGGGGAUAUUUUUGUUACAAAAAGGAUAAAAUCAUUAAAAAAAAAAAAAAAACUACGAUAAAAGCCUUUUGCUCUGCCAGCCACCUCUUGCAGAGGAAGCAUCAGCCUCCAUCCAUGCAUACGGCAGAGCUCCAGAGCAAGCAGUGCAGGGCUCCUUGCACAGUCCCGCCCUGCCCUACAUCGCUCUGGGACUUCUUCCUCCUCUUAUUUGUGCAAAGUGUUAGAAAAACAUUGCAGUGCUGUGAAGAAAUGCAGAGGUGAUGGUGGCAGACCCACCGCUCCU